AUGUCACAGGCAGCCAAAAACGUAAUAGUGAAGCUGAUAGUAGGAGCAGGUCAAGCAGCACCAUCACCACCCGUGGGGCCGGCGCUGGGUUCCAAAGGUAUAAAAGCGAUUGACUUCUGUAAGGAAUUUAAUGCAAGAUCGGCAAAUUAUCAACCAGGCGUGCCAGUUCCCGUACUAAUUACGAUAAAACCAGAUAGGACGUUCACAUUUGAAAUGAAAUCUCCACCCACCGGUUAUUUAUUAUUAAAGGCUCUUAAGUUGGAGAAGGGACACGGACAACCUAACGUAAGUACGACAUUAACCGGUGCUCCCGUUAAGGGACCACCUCGUAUUUUGGGAGAACUAUCGUUGAAACAUGUUUACGAAAUAGCCAAGAUAAAAAAGAGUGAUGAAAUGCAUAGCCUGUUGGAGAUGGAAGGUAUCGUUAAGUCAAUAAUCGGUGUUGCGAAAAGUAUGGGCAUCAAAAUCAUGCCUUGA